AUGCUGAGCGAGUGCGUAGAGCAUCUGGACAAGCAGUAUGCUGGCAAAUACGAGAUUUUGGUGGUGGACGAUGGGUCUAAGGACGACACUGCAGUGUAUGCUCUGGAGCUGGCUGCCGAGCUGGAGCUGGCACCGCACGUGUUGCGAGUGGUUGAGUUUGUCAAGAAUAGAGGCAAGGGUGGUGCAGUGACCCACGGGAUCCAGUUUGUGCGAGGCAAGUACGCCAUCUUUGCCGACGCUGACGGGGCAUCCAAGUUCAGCGACCUGGACAAGCUGAUGCAGAGCAUUCAGAAACUGGAUAAACGCGAGCCAGACACAAUUCCUGCGGUUGCGAUUGGCUCGCGCUCGCACAUGGUGAACACAGACGCCGUGGUGAAGCGAUCGUUCAUCAGAAACUUUUUAAUGUACGCAUUGCACACGCUGGUGUAUGUUUUUGGGAUCCGCACAAUCAAAGACACCCAAUGCGGGUUCAAGCUGUUCAACAAGGCGGCGAUCGCCAAGAUCUUCCCCCGCAUGCACACCGAGGGAUGGAUUUUUGACGUGGAGAUCCUAAUUCUGGCCAUCAACCAGGGCAUCCCCGUGGACGAGGUGGCCAUCAGCUGGCACGAGGUGGACGGGUCCAAGAUGGUGCUUGCACGUGACUCGAUCACCAUGGCCGUCGAUCUGGUGGUGACCAGAUUGGCCUACAUUAUGGGGAUUUACUAG